CACUCCCACAAGUCGAACAGCAGAGAGAGAGAGAGAGAGGAGGGAAGGGCCCUAUGCCCUGCCCUCUAUAGAGAGGCGGUGAGAGUGAGACCACUCCUCUUCCAUCUCUUCGUCUCUCUCCUUCGCUGCUAGCUUUGAGCUUUCUCUCCCCCAUCCCACCCGCUUUUCAGCGGAAGCGGAAGCGGAAGCGGCAGCUUGCAGCACAGGGAAAGCAAAAGCAAGCAAAGAAAGGCCAGCCAUCCCUCCUCACGUACGUCACGUGUCGAGCAGAGGAGCAGGCCACAGCUAGAGAGCUCCGCCGGGGCCGCCCCACCCCAGCAGGAUUUUCACCGCGACGCCAAAAGAAAGCGAGCUUUUGGUGGCGAUCACCUUGGAGCGUUCCGCGGCGAGUUGCAUGAGAUCUGACACGAUCCAUCACCUGCUGCUGCGGCCUGCCCUGCACGCGCCUGAAGAGCUGCCGCCGCGCCCAUUGCCCAAGCACAAAGCUCCGAGCUCCCUCAUCACCUCUCACCUAGCUCACCUCAGGUUCUGCCAGCCAGACUACUCCACCACCGCACCCUGCGCCGCCCAUUAUUAUGCAUGCCCUAGCUAUCUGCGGCUUCCGCCGUGUCGCGCCGCGCCCACCGCUAGGGACACACAGAUAGCACCAAGCCCAGCAGCGAGCACCGGCUCUCCUCUUUCUGGAGGUGGGGAAGGAGGGGGCCAGGCAGGCUGCAGCGCCAGGUGAAAAGGGGAGCGGCCACUCCUAGCUCCGCGUAGCGUAGCGGCAUAGGGAAGAAGAGGCUUUGUGCUCUGUUCUGUACGCGCCGGCCGACGCCGCGCCGAUCGACAUGACGCUGGAAGCUCUGUGCGCGCCCAGGAGCGACGUCCUCGUCUACGACACCUUCAACGCCGCCGCCGCGUGUGCCGCCUCGGCCGGGAGCUUCCUCUUCGGCAAUGCGCCGGCGGUGGAACCGUCGCCAGCGCCGGCCGCCCAGGCGCCGGGCGCGGAGGGGGAGAGCAGGGUGCAGCAGCAGGGAAGGAGGAAGCGGCGGCGGCGGCAGAGGAGCGUCAGGAACGCCGAGGACGCCGAGAACCAGCGGAUGACCCACAUCGCCGUCGAGCGCAACCGACGCCGCCAGAUGAACGAGUACCUCGCCGUGCUCCGCUCGCUCAUGCCGGAAUCCUACGUCCACCGGAGCGACCAGGCAUCCGUUGUCAGCGGCGCCAUCGAUUUCGUGAAGGAGCUCGAGCAGCAGCUGCAAUCCCUGGAGGCGCAGAAGCUGGCGUUGCAGCAGCAGCAACGCCGCGACACGGCGGCGGCGGAACGCGACGCGGCGCCGACGCCAGCCCGCGACCCCGCGCCAGCGGCCGAGGAUGCCGCGGCGCGCGAGGCGGCGGCGGAGCGGCCCCCGUUCGCGCGGUUCUUCCGGUACCCGCAGUACUCGUGGCGCCACGCGCCGCCGCGAGAGGAUGGCGCCGCAGCCGCCGCCGCCGCCGUCGGCGCGGAGGAGGACGUGAGCCGCGCCUCCGCGGUGGCGGACGUGGAGGUGGGCAUGGUGGUGGACGCGCACGCCAGCCUCCGCGUGAUGGCGCCGCGGCGGCCCGGGCAGCUGCUGAAGUUGGUGGCCAGGAUGCAGGCGCUGGGGCUUGCCGUGCUGCACCUCAACGUGACCGCGGCGCUCGGCGGCGAGCUGGCGCUCUACACGCUCAGCCUCAAGGUAGAGGAAGGGUGCGGCCUGACGACGGCGGAGGACAUCGCCGCGGCGGCGCACCACGUGCUCUGCGUCAUCGACGCCGAGGCCGCGGCGGCGGCGGCGGCGCAGCGGCUGCUCGCUCCCGGCGCGGGGCAGCCGGAACCUCUAGUCGGUACGAACCCGCCGCCCCUCCACCGAUGAGGUCUUCCGGCGCGACGCGAUGGAGGCGGGCCGGCGGCACGGACUUGCGGGUGGUGGGUGCUCAUCGUCUACGUGACAUUUUGUAUAGUGCAGCAAGGGCCUGGUGGCGUAGAGUCAAGAGUGUGUAACUGCAAUAACAACGCAUGUAGCUAGUGGUAUGCUUGAUCUGCAAUAAACAUCCACGAUUCGGCGGAGCCGCUGAGUUCUUCGAAUACAACAAGGACCGUACAACCAA